AUGGCACAAAGCAAUUGCACCCAAGCGACCGAGUUCAGCCUGGUGGGGUUCACAGAGGAGCCGGUGACUCAGGUCUACUUGUUCCUGCUCUUCCUGCUCACCUACCUUGUCACCAUCGUGGGCAACCUGGGCAUCAUCAUCUUAAUCAGGGCCACAACCCACCUCCAUUCUCCCAUGUACUAUUUCCUGGGCAACCUGGCCUUUGUAGACCUCUGUUGUUCCACCAUCAUCACCCCCAAGAUGUUGGUUGACUUGAUGUCAGAGAAGAAGAGCAUUGCUUAUGCUGGGUGCAUGGCUCAGGUCUUCCUCUUUCAACUUUUUGGGAUAACUGAAUGCUUCCUGCUGGCUACGAUGGCCUAUGACCGUUACGUGGCCAUUUGCCAUCCCCUGCUGUACCCCCUUGUGAUGUCCCCAAAGUGCUGUAUCCAGCUGGUGACUGGCUCAUACCUCAUGGGGCUGACCAAUGGCAUGGGACAGACCAUCAGCAUGUCCACCCUGUCCUUCUGCAGCUCCAGCACCAUCGACCUCUUCUUCUGUGACAUUUCCCCUCUCAUCUCGCUCUCCACCUCUGACACCACCCUCAGCCACAUCAUCCUGACCAAAAACUGGACUACGGUGACAGAAUUUGUUUUCAAGGGGUUCACAGAUUGCCUCGACUUCCAGGUUACACUCUUUGUGUUUUUCCUGUUCAUCUAUGUCACCACCAUGAUAGGAAACCUUAGCAUCAUUGCUGCAGUCUGGCUCGAUUCCCAGCUUCAAAGCCCCAUGUACUUCUUCCUCGGCCACUUGUCCUUCUUGGAUCUGUGCUACUCCUCCGUGGUGACACCCAAAAUGCUGCUGAACCUCUUGUCUGAGAGGAAGACUAUUUCUUUUGUUGGCUGCUUCCUGCAGCUCUAUUUCUAUGCUGCUUUUGCAAUCACAGAGUGCUACCUCCUGGCUGGGAUGGCAUAUGACCGCUAUGUUGCCAUCUGCAACCCCUUGCGUUACCCCAUCCUCAUGUCCAAGAAGGUCUGUGUUUCCCUCUUAGCUGGGUCCUAUGCAGUUGGGCUUUUUAAUUCAGCCGUCUUCACAGGCUUUGCAUUGAGGCUGUCCUUCUGUGGCCCCAAUGUCAUUGACCACUUCUUCUGCGAUGGGCCACCACUCUCAAAGUUGGCGUGCUCUGAUACUUCUCUCAGCCAAGUGUUGCUAUUUGCUUUUGGGGGCUUCAAUGAGGUCACCACAAUAGCAGUCAUCCUCAUCUCCUAUGGCCACAUCCUCUUCACCGUCCUGAAGACAGGCUCUGUACUGGGCAAAGCUUUUGGUACCUGUGCAUCCCACCUAGUGGUUGUAACCAUCUUCUAUGGGACCCUUAUCUUUAUGUACCUACGGCCCAGUUCCAGCUACAACCUGGGUAGGGACAAAAUAGUUUCUGUCUUUUACACCAUGGUGACCCCAAUGUUGAACCCUUUCAUCUACAGCCUGAGGAACAAGGAGGUAAAGAGUGCUCUGAAGAGAACAAUGGGGAGAAUGAUGAUUUCCCUGCCAGAGUGGUAAAUGGUUUGACACUUGGGCAGUAAUGGGAAUGGGGUUGGUGUUUUAGAGUCUUUUUGAGGUUGGAGAGAAGCUGUGAUAAUACUUCUAUAUAUUAUUGUCCAUUUCGUAGACCAG